GUGGUUUUGGGUCUCUAAAUUGGGAUUUUUUGAUCUAUAAGGGAGUUUUAGGGGUAAUUCUUUAAAAAUCCUGGGCAUAACUAAAAGUUAAAAUUGACGUAAACACUGAUUUGACAGAAGAAAUGAGUGCCGGUUACAAAAAAAUUAAGGGCCUAAAAACUGUAUCUUUUACAAUUUCGUGGUUUUUAAUGAUUAGACCUACUUUCAACAUGAUAACCACACAUUUUAAAUGCCGUGGAGGCCUGUACCCAAGAUCUAACAUUGAAAGAUUUCUAGUGCCAGAUGACAAAGUUACUUGGUCAACAGAAUUCAAAGAAUAUGACCCACCUUAUUACACAUCUCCGUCCUUACACGGUAAACCGUACGCAGAUCCAGAAAUAGGUGAACCAAACUUUAAACCAAAAUGGCAUAGCCCAAAUGGUAACAUAACAAGGGCAAGCUAUAUGGGACACCCGUUAAAUCCAAUUGGAUACCCGUUAAAUCCAAUGGGAUACCCGUUAAAUCCAAUUGGACGCACUGGUAUUAAAGGCAGGGGUGUCCUUGGACGUUGGGGACCAAACCAUGCUGCAGACCCUGUAGUCACACGAUGGAAAAGGCUUGAAAAUGGUGAAAUUGCAGUUGAUAAAAAUAAAAAACCAAUUUUGCAAUUUGUUGCCAUAAAACGUGGUGACACUGGGGAGUGGGCAUUACCUGGGGGGAUGGUAGAUCCUGGAGAAAAAGUCUCUGCAGCUGCUAUAAGAGAAUUCCAAGAAGAAGCUCUAAAUUCUUUAGUAAUGUCCAAAGACGAAAGAAAGAUGUAUGAAGAAAAAUUCGACAAGUUCUUCAGUGGCGGCGACGUAAUAUACCAAGGGUACAUUGACGACCGCCGCAACACAGACAACGCAUGGAUGGAAAGCGUCGCAUAUAACUUCCAUGAUGAAAACGGGUCUACAGUGGGGGCUUUAAAACUGCACGCCGGAGACGACGCAGUUGGCGUCCAAUGGAUAGAUGUAACGCCUGCCUUGAAACUAUAUGCAAGCCAUAAAGAAAUUCUUGAUGUAGUCUUAAAAAAACGACUGUGAUGAAUGAAUAGGAUUAUUAAAUAAAAAACGUAAUUUUAAACAA